AUGUUUGGUGAGACUUACACUGUGCCAUACGGCCCGGAAGUAACAAUCAUUACACCAGCUAUCUGGUCCGGAAAUUGUCCCAAAACCCUGCUACUACAUGGAGAAGAGAAGGUUCAAGACGCUUCAACACCAUCCAAAUCAUUGACACCGCUCAGCAUAUCUAUAAGUGACCUUGAUAGAUCUCAUCCUACUGUUGGGACAACAUAUGAUGAAACAAUAGACAAAACACCAACCUCAACUGGCACAGGCACAAGCCUUAUAACUACUACUGUUUCAACGAGUAUAUCGGUUGAGAAAGAUUCUACUACCACAAAAUCACAUGAAACCACCUUUUUAACCGACAGUGAGCCUAUCAACAAGCCUAGUGAUGCAACUAGUAAAAGUGUUGAGCCAACGGCCACGUCAACUUCGCUAUCUCAAAAUACUGUGAAUUCAACCCCGACAUCAGUUCCAAAUAGCAUUCCUGCUACAAAGUUACACAAGUCUACUGUUUCAGUUGACAGAAAGCCAACCGGCCAGACUACUGGUAUCACCAGUCACAAUGUGAACACCGUAGCAAAGCCGACCAAGGGGACAAAGGAUGCUGAAAGUCUAACAGCAUCAGCAGAGGCAAACUCUUCGACUAAUGGCUCACCUGAUGCAAUUAAUAGCAAGCCAGAUCGCUCGGCUACCGGUGUAAUCACUCGCAAUGCUGAUCCAGCAACGACGGAAUCCACAAAACCACACUCUCCGACUACAGGGUCACAUAAGACCACAGACAGAACUGACGGAAAGCCAGCAUCCCAGGUUACCACGGAUGUCACUACUGGAACCUCUAAGCCAACACCCACAAAAUCAGGGAAGACAGCGGCGUCUACCACUGGAUCGUGUCCUUGUUGGACAGAUUGUGAACUUCAAGAAGAGGAUUCUACCCUCUCCAAAAAGAUAGGAUUGGAGGUGGCAAAGUUAUUUUGUAAUCAGUUUAUCAAAGCUCCACUUACAUCCAGGAAUCUGUCUAAGAUAGCGGAAUAUCGUAGUUUUGUUGUAGGUGCACACAGAUAUCCCGGCUGUACUAAGUCUGAACUCGACGAGACAAAAUGCCUAGAAUACCUCGAGGAAAUUGAAAAGCAAUGUCCUAGGACUGGAGGCUUCUUUGAGCGUGGCUGUUUUUAUGUCUGGAUUAUGAAUCGUGAGGCGACCUGA